GCUUAGCUUCACAACUUCUCACAGUUUGAAUUCAGCUGUGGUUGAAGACUGGGAGCUGCUUGUUAUUGCUAAGCCCUAGUAACAAAAUCUUCUAGGAAAGAAGAUGCAAACUCUGCAUAGCAGUCAAUCUGUUAGACCUUUUAAACUGAGAAAGAGUUUUGCAACUAGACUGGAAGAAGUAGCAGGAAUUCGGGCAAAGUUCCCAACAAAAAUCCCGGUAAUUGUUGAACGGUAUCAGAAAGAAAAAUAUCUUCCUCUACUGGACAAAACAAAAUUUCUUGUUCCUCAGGAGCUGACCAUGACACAGUUUAUAACUAUUAUUAGAAGCAGAAUGGCUCUAAAUGCUACACAAGCUUUCUACCUGCUGGUGAACAACAAGAGUCUGGCCAGUAUGUCUCUGACAUUGGCUGAAGUGUACCGGGACUACAAAGAUGAAGAUGGCUUUGUAUAUAUGACAUAUGCUUCCCAGGAGAUGUUUGGGUGCCUCUUGCCCACUGCCCAAGGGAAACUUAAGGAAUGCCUUCUAAAAACAUAAGGGCAUGUCUGACUGCUGCUGCUAGGCAGCUGAUUAUGCCAGUGACUUGAAGAUCAGAGAUGCUCUUUCCAGUAUGGGCUCUUAAACACUGUACUGAGGGCUAAUGGCCCAGAUGUUGGCAGGACCAACUAAUGCAGAAGUGGUGGUGCUCUAUUCCUAGAUAAGUAACUUGGAGAUAUAUAUUUUAUAUUUGAAAAGACACUAGCGGGUUUUUUGAACUGCACCUUUAGAAUCUUGUUUUGUAAUGUCAGUUUAAGUUAUGUAACUGCUUUUUAAGGGAACUCUAAAGCCUGAGCUUAAUAGAUUCAAAUAAAGAGAUACUUUUAAGAUUA